ACAAAAUAAAACAAUCACCGUCGUAAACACAAAAAAAAAAGCAAUCACCGCCAAAGUAGUUAUUUUAUUUCUAAUGGAAUUUUGUUUUUAAUAAAAAGAUUUUUAAUUAAAUAAAUUGCAAUUAAUUAAGUUCUGUGAGUUGAACAAAAAUGAGUUUGAGUUUAACUAGAAAACGUAAUCGUACUAGCGGUGCUGGGGACGCGCAAAAUGAAAGUGUCUCAACAAAGCGUCGCAACUGUUCCCAUGGAAAUUUGACACAAAACACCACAUUGUCACAAAGUCAGCGUUUAAAUGAAGAUUCACGACGUUGUGGUAAAAUUUUACACAUGCGAUUGACCAAUUUUAUGUGCCAUUCAAACUUAGUGAUAGACUUUCACUCCCGCGUUAAUUUUUUAGUGGGAAGUAAUGGAAGCGGAAAAAGUGCUGUGUUGGCUGCCUUAGUUUUAGGUUUAGGAGGAAAAGCCAAAGAUACUAACCGUUCAAGCAGUGCCAAAGGUUUCAUAAAAAAUGGAGAAACAUCAGCUAAAAUUGAAAUCGAAAUUGCCAACGAUGGUCCACAGCCAUAUGAACCCUACGUUUAUGGAGACAAAAUUACAAUUGUUCGAACAAUAACAACUACCUCCGGUGCAUAUGCUAUAAAAGCAGCAAAUGGUUUAGUAGUUACGAAAAAAGUUGAUGACUUGCAUCGCAUUCUUAUGUAUCAUAAUGUACAAGUUGAUAAUCCAGUUUUUGUAUUAAACCAGGACAGUGCUCGAGAAUUUCUUAAAGAACUAGAACCAUCGAAAAAUUAUAGCCUUUUUCUUAAGGCAACACAAGUUGAUGUGGUAAUGGAAAAACUUAAUGAAUGUUUACAUUUGCAUAGAUCCCAUACACACGAGCUGAGCAUUUAUAAAACUAAAUUGGAUAAACAACGUGAAGAUAUAUAUGAACACGAGGAAAAACUUAAACAAAUUUUAUCUUUUGAAAAAUUAAAGGAUGAAUUAUUGAAUUCUGAAAUAGAAUACUUGUGGUCAUUAGUCAAGGAGAAAGAAGACUCUUUGAUAGAAAUUGAUGAGAAACUUGAAAAAUAUCACAGAAAAGAAAAGGAAAUUCUGGAAACAAUUCAAAAUAAGGAUGGAGUGAAUUUAGCCCUAAACCAAGAAAUUAAAAAAUUUGAUGAAAUAAUUUCGUCCAAAAAUAAUGAUUAUCAACAGGAGAAUAUGCACUAUAGAGAAAUAAAAAGUAAAGUUGAUGCUCAAACAAAAUUAACAGUAACCUGUCAGGAGGAAGUAGAUUCACUAAAAAAGAAAAAAUCACGUUUGGAAACACAAAUCGAAGAAAUCAAACGACACAUUGAUGAACGUUCCAAAGGCAAUCAAGAUGAUGUUGAUGCUUUGCGAGCUGAAAAUAAAAAAAAUAUUGAUGAAUUCACUAAUCAAUGUGAAAUGCAUUUAAAACCAUUGAUAGAGAAUUUAAAACGUGAAUUAAAAGUUCUCAGCGACAAUAAAUCUCAAAAGGAACAAAUUAUACACGAAAUAAAGCGACGACAGCGGGAAUGUUCGGAUGAAAUACGUAUCCGAAAAGUACAAAUAGAAAAUGUCAAAGCUAGUGCCAAAAAUAAACUUUCAAUAUAUGGUGAAUAUAUGCCUGACUUAAUCAAUCAAAUACACAAAGCAAAUUCCGAAGGCAAAUUCUCCCAACUACCCAGAGGUCCAAUUGGUAAUUAUGUGGAGGUGCCGAGGCGUCAAUAUCGUGAUGUCAUUGAAAAUAUAUUAGGUGGGGCCCUGCUAAAUGCCUUUAUUGUUAACAAUAACAAAGAUCGUGAUACAUUAAGAGCAAUUCUAAGUAAAUUUACACAAAAUCCUCCAAAUAUAAUCACAACUGCUUUUCGCAAUCAAGUACACAACGUGAGUGAAGGUUGUGUACAUCCACCACAGGGCACAAUUUUGGCAUUAAACGAAAUUAAAUGUAAAGAUCCCGUAGUAAUGAAUUGUCUGAUAGAUCGUGGAAAUAUUGAGACAAUACUUAUUAGCGACAGCAAGGAGUUGGCCGAAAGUAUAACAUCAAACCGUGCACAUGUUCCAAAGAACUUGAGUAAAGUCAUUGUUUUAAAUGAUAACAAUGUUAUUUUUGAAUAUUUCCCCAAGCCAAAUUAUCGUAUGUAUACAACAAAGAUUAGACAAGCGAAUUUUAUCCAAGUAAAUAUUGAUGAACGUAUAAGAAAUUUGGUAAAUGAAAAAUCAUCACUUGAAAAUAAAUUAAAAGAUCUAGAAGUCGAUUUAAAUCAUACGGGCCAACAAAUACCACAAGAUUUGAAAAAUAUUGAAAAACAGCGCGUUAAAUUGCAUCAACAUGAAAACAAACUUGCUGAACUUCAAGAAAAAAUAAACGAACUGCAAAAUGUAGAAUAUGCUGAUUACAAUUCUGAAAUUGAGUAUUUGAAAAAAGAAAUGGAUGAAACUAAAGAGAGACUUGAAAAAGUCGAAGAAACUUUAAAUGAAAAACGUUUUCAACAAACCGACAUAAAAAGGGAAAAAGAACGAUUUGAAGAUGAAUUAAAGGCACAACACACAAUUUUAGAAGAAAUACAAAAUGAAAUUGAAUCCUAUAAGACUAAAUCGCAUCAAAUUAAAAUGAAACUGCGAAGUGUUAAUAACAAUGAAUCCUUAAGUCGUGAAAAAUUAACAGAAAUAAAAGAAAAACUAAAUAAAUAUCAGUGUGAUAGAAACGAAAUUGCAAAAGCUUUAAAGCAAGCCAAGACCGCAGCCAAAGAAAAGGGUGAACGUGUUGAUACUAAGGAGAAUUUAGAAGAAAUACGAGAAAAGAUAGCAAAAAUAAAAGCCCAACUGAAACAUGGUCUGCCAGUGAACUUAGAUCCUCAGGAAUUGCGUGAAUUAAUUGCUACAAAGAAAGAAUCCUUAGAGGCUAAUGAAGGAACAUUUGAGAAUAUAAAAAUAUCAAUACUUAUGUUAAGAAAAUCCUUAAAAUUCCGCUUUGAUUUUUUGAAAAAGCUCAAGGAACAUAUGGCUGUUAUUUUACAAUUGUCUUUUAGUAUGAUUUUAAAACUACGAAAUUUUGAGGGUACUAUUGAUAUUGAUCAUCAAGAGAAGAAAUUAAAAAUUUCUGUUAUUCCUCGUGACCAUAAUAAAAAUGCUGUAUCUAGCACUAAAGCACUUUCUGGAGGAGAACGUUCGUAUAGUACAGUGGCAUUUUUAAUUUCAUUAUGGUCUUGUGUGGAUCAUCCAUUCUACUUUCUCGAUGAAUACGAUGUAUUUACAGACGAAGUAAAUCGCGAGUAUAUGACUCGAUUACUUAUUGAUGAAGGUCGUAAACGUGCCCUCCGUCAGUAUUCAUUCUUAACACCUCAGGAUAUGACAUUAGUACCAGAACAUUUUAUAAAAAUACACAGACUUGCUGAACCUGAUCGCCGCUAAUAUGAAUUUAUAUUAAAUGAAUUUAUAAAGCAUAGAGAGAAUGCAGCAUAGAAAGCAACUGGAUUUGCAUUAAUUUAAACAUGACUUAACUAUAUAUAUUUAUCUGUUGAAUUGUCUUUCUUUUUUUGUAUUAAAAUGUAAAAUGUUUUUUAAAUACAUAAUAGUUUAUCAUAUAAAAAUUCCAUUCUUGCAUGAA